UUGAUUGUGCUCGAUAAGUGACAGUUCGUUUCAUGUUGGAAAAGUGUCCCAAAUGUCUACUUCCAAUGAUGCGCCAGGUGGUGCCGCGACUGAGCAGGCCAAUGUGCAGACUGUCAUUGAGGCUCGCAUUGAUCCCGAAGAGAACACAGAGGACCGGACCUCUGACAUCGGAAGCGAAAUUUCAUCGAAUAGCAGUGUAUCCAGCUCAGUUUACGAAUUUCGUAUCGAAAAUGGACGCAGAUACCAAACGUACAGAGAGGGCAAGUAUCACUAUCCCAUCGAUGAAAGGGAGAGCGAGAGGCUUGAUCUUCAGCACUGGCUGUGUCUAGGAUCAUUCAAAAACAAAUUGGGCCUUGCACCCCCCAACGAUGAAGGGUCGUCAGUGAAGCGGGUUCUCGACCUGGGUACAGGCACUGGACUAUGGGCCAUUGAGUUUGGCGACGAGCAUCCUGAAGCGGAGGUCGUUGGCGUCGAUAUCGUCCCUCCGCAGGUUGAAUUCGUCCCACCUAACGUCCUUUUCGAGAUUGACGACAUCGACGAAACUUGGACGUACAGCCAGCCAUUCGACUAUAUUCACAGCCGAAUGAUGACGUCUAGCAUCAGCGACUGGAAAAAGUACAUACAGAAGUGCUUCGAUCAUCUCGAGCCCAACGGGUAUCUUGAGCUGCAGGAAGCCGAUCUUUUCCCUCAGUCUGACGAUGGUACUUUGAAGCCGGAUGCUGCGAUCAUCCAAAGUUGCGAGAACGUGCAGAAAGCUUGCACUAUAUUUGGAAGACCCUUUGCCAGCAUCCCUGACUUGGCUACUAUCAUGACUGAAGUUGGUUUCGAAGAUGUCGUUUUGACCAAGAACAAGUGGCCCAUGAAUUCAUGGCCGAAAGAUCAGCACUACAAGACCUUGGGAACCUGGUCGCUUGAGAAUUAUCUCCAAGGCAUCGAGGGGUGGACAAUGCCUGCAUUUACCAAGGGCUUGGGCUGGACGAAAGAUCAAGUCCAGGUCUUCCUAAUCGACGUUCGGAACGAGAUGAAGGACAGAACCAUCCACGCUUACUGGCCCGUAUACUCAAUUUACGGAAGGAAGCCGGAACCUGCUCCCGAUGGCACAAAGAGCCAGCACGAGAACUAAGAUAUUCCAUCAUCAAAUCUUGUGAGGGGAAGGAGCUAAAAUCUACCUGGAAAUAUUGUGCUGUGAGCAGUGGCAGCAUCUUUCAUCGUCAUGAUAUUUCUGUGCCCGAAUUCAAAAUAGUUAUCUCUCUUACGAACAGUUUUACAAUAUCUACAGGCUCAUGGGUAGACUUUGAUGCUGUGUACAUCCCAAGAAUU